AUGAUCCGUCUGAGAAGCCCUCACACGGUCAUCGUCUACGGAGCGGUCACGUCUCUGGCGGACCGCAUGGUUCUCGUGGUGGAGCUGCUCUUUGGUGGACCUCCGAACGCUUUUGAGGAACUCCUAGCAGCCCCUUCCCCAGGAGCAAUCCAGGCGCAUCAUCGGAGACAUCUGCGCGGGAAUGCCUUCCUUCACAGCAAGGACAGAGUUCACGACGACCUGAAGUCGACCAGCAUGCUACUGGACGGGUCUGGACGGGAGAAGAUGGUCGCAGCACAUCAACUCAAUCGGUUGGCCACGUACACCACCAGGUCCAGCCAGAGCACCCAGGUGAACAUCGCCUGGAGCGCCCCGGAGGUGCUUGAAUCUGGCGGUAGCACCUACGCCAGCGACGUCUACAGCUUCGGCAUCGUUGUUUGGGAAGUUGUGUCCGGCGAACGUCCUUGGGCAAACACAUCUCACCAUGAGGGAAAUCCUGUCAGCGCUGUUGACGGGGGCGCGGCCUUCGUCCCGUGGCCAUGCUCCAUCGUGGACAUGGCAAAGGCGUGCAGGGACGAGGAACCCCACGCGCGGACCACUUACGAUGCCGUGAUGGAGUGCAUGAAGUCAUACGGCCGCCACGAGUUGUGUAGGUUCGAUCAACUAUUUGUGCCGGAAUCGGGAUGCGUGUAG